UCGCUCGAAUUGUCAGUGUAGCAACAUGCAUUGAGACAAACGAGAAUUGCCGAGGACGGGACGGAAUAUUAAAUAGUAUCACACGAUCUUUCGUGCCGUUCACUCGUCAAAUUAUUUAGUUUCGCUUUACAAAAAUGCCCAGUAAAAUACAUAAUUUUGGUGCUGGACCAGCUAAACUUCCAGAAGAAGUGUACGAAAUUAUAAGAAAAGAGCUAACCAAUUUUGAGGGAACUGGAAUAAGUCUCUUAGAAACAUCCCAUCGUACAGCUCCUUACUUAAAACUUAACAAAAAUGUGCAAGAUAUUGUCAGAAGAUUAUUAAAUGUCCCGCCGAAUUACAAAAUUCUAUUCCUGUCUGGCGGUGGGCAAGGCCAAUUUGCAGCCGUUCCCCUCAACUUGAUAUCCAGAACUGGGACUGCUGAUUAUGUUGUAACUGGUGCAUGGUCUGCUAAAGCGGCAAAGGAAGCUAAGAAAUAUGGAAAGGUGAACUUGGUUCUGCCACCAACUGACAGAUACACAGAUAUACCUGAUCAGUCCACGUGGAAACUGGACCCCAAUGCCUCUUAUGUUCACAUUUGUGCCAAUGAAACUAUACAUGGAGUAGAAUUUGAUUUUAUACCAGACACAAAAGGAGUUCCAUUGGUAGCUGAUAUGUCCUCAAACUUUAUGUCCAAGAAGGUUGACGUCUCUAAGUUUGGUGUAAUCUAUGGUGGUGCUCAGAAGAACAUUGGAACGUCUGGCGUAGCCCUUGUGAUUGUCCGAGAGGAUCUGCUAAAUCAGGCUCUGCCUAUCUGUCCCUCUAUCCUAGACUGGACCGUGAAUGCUAAGGCUGAUUCCAUAUUAAACACGCCGCCGAUGUUUGCUAUUUACAUAAUGGGAAGGGUACUCGAAUGGAUCGAAAGACAAGGAGGUCUAGACACAAUGGCUGCCAUGGCCACAAAGAAAUCCUCAAUAAUAUAUGACAUUAUAGAAAAAUCCAACGGUUUCUAUUGCGCGCCUGUAGCCAAGAACGUACGGAGUAAAAUGAACAUUCCGUUCAGAGUUGGAUCUAUAGACGGGAAUGAUGCGUUGGAGAAGGAAUUCUUGAAGGGCGCUGAACAAUUGAACCUGAUUCAAUUGAAGGGCCAUAGAGAUGUCGGCGGUAUCCGGGCGUCUACAUACAACGCGGUCACAGUAGAAGAAGUCGAAGUACUGGCGCAAUACAUGAGGGACUUCUACAAGAAGCAUAGCAAGUGAUAUUGCGGUAUUGUUAUAGUUAAAAAUAUUCCUUUUUUUACACAUCUUUGGGUCCGUUCGUGUGUUAUGAAAUCAUCCAUUUAUGAAAAUAUACAGCGUAUUAAACAGCAUGAUGAAUUACGGUACGCGUUUGCAAUUGUUAUCUUGGAAAUAAUACUCGAAUUACCUACGUGCUGAAAGCGAGGAUGAUUUUAGAGCACUUGAUACCGUUUGAGACAUUUGAAAUCAUACUCUCUCGAGUAGAGUUCAGUAAGUUAAAAAUGUGAUUAUUAACGCCAGAAAGUUCUUGCAAUAAAAGGUGCAAACUUCGAACAACUUUAAUCCAGCCCGUUUUUAAUGUACCUAUUUAUUUUGUACCCAAAAAUCUUGAUUUCUACACAGGUACAUCAGUGUUACUUUUGAAAGUGACAAUGCUGUACGCUGUAUUUUAAGGAGGCAAGACGGCGAUUACUUUCGCGAAUUGCGAAUUGAAAAUAUUUUCCCAAAGAAUGAUGUGUAAUUAUUGGAUAUUUUACGUGUUAUAAUUAUGUAUUAGUUUUUAAGUGCCUUUGUUAUUGGCUGUGUUAAAUUUGAUAUUCUUAAUUAAAAAAAAAGGCUUUAUUA